UUCUCAUGAUGCAAUGCUGAUGAGUAUUAUAGACUACCUCAGGUUAAAUGCAUGCCUCUACGAGUGGGCAGACAGCUACGACACAAAAGACUGGGAUCGUCUUCGCAAGUGCAUUGCCCCUACCCUCCGCGUAAGCUCAUCACACUCUGCCCCAGCAACAUCAACCUAACCCUUACAUCAAAGAUCGACUACCCCUUCCUCAACAAGAUCUGGGAAGCCAUGCCCGCAGAAGACUACGUCGCCAUGAUGAGCAGCAAGCCUAUGCUCGACAGCCCCCUCAAGACGCAACACCUCGUUGGCGCAAGCCGCUGGGAAAAGAUCUCAGACACCGAGGUCGUGGGCCAUCACCAGCUCCGCGUACCGCAUCAAAAAUACACCGACGAGACGUUCACGCAAGUUGCCGUCAAGGGGCAUGCGCAUAGUAGCAACCCUAUGGGUUCCUCCCUAUUUUCACCACCAAGACCGACAUUUUCCUAUGUGAUGAAACGUCGCGAUGACUUCUAGCGAUUCCGA